GAGCGUUCCCUUUGAAAAUGGUCUAGCCUGGACCUUGUUGUUGAGUCCUGUUGAGUUCAUUCCGACUCAUAGCGACCCCUUGUGACAGAAUUGCCAUAGGGUGCUCUAUGUUGGAAUCGACUCUGCAGCACACAACAACAGUCUUUACAGAAGUAGAUGCCAGGUCUUUCUUCCGGGGAGCUGCAGGAUGGGUUCAAACCGCCAACCUUUCUGUUAGCAGCCGAGCUCUUAACCGUUGUGCCACCAAGACUCCUUAGCCUGGACCCUAGAGUCAGUCAAUUUCUAUGCAGGUUAAAAACAGUCUAAGUUGUUGUUAGUUUUUUUUUUUAAAUAGAUACUUAGGGGAGUAACCUCUGGACUGAAGGAACGUUUUUAUCUGAGACUGAGGUUUUCAUAUUUUAAAAUGUUGUUUUUCUUUGGGUCAGCUCUUGGUGGGAAGAUUGCUGGACUGGGCAUCCCUAUGCCUGACUCGGGAUCCAAACUAUGCCACUUACCUGACCUGGGUUAUGACUCAUCUUCUGCAGAGCUUGGAGCUCUGGUGGUGCAGUGGUUAAGAACUACAGCUGCUAACCAAAAGGUCAGCAGUUCGAAUCCACCACCGAUUCCUUGGAAACCCUAUGGGGCAGUUCUACUGUGUCUUAUAGGGUCGCUAGGACUGGAAGUCGGAAUUGACUUGACGGCAACGGGUUUUUGUUUCUGCAGAGCUUCUUCUUUGUAAAAAUGAGGAUUAAGAAUGCCUGGUUUUCUUGUAAGGUUUUGUUUUGUUUUGAGUUAGAAUCAAAUUAUAUAACUGCUUGAGAGGAAGGACAUUAACUGUCUUGUUCACCAGGGUAAUCCCAAGGCUCAGAACAGUGCCUGGCAUGUAUGGGCCCUCAAGAAGUAGUAAUUGAUGGACCAAAGCAUUAUAAAUGUAAGGUUAAAAUUUUUUUAUUAGAAUAUUGGUUACUAAAAAUAGGUUCUUACCUAAAAAUAUAAUCAGUAUAGUUUGGGGAUAGAUUUAAACAAUUCAUGUAGCUGUGAGUAGACCUUCACAUGGAUACUGUGUAUGUGAGAAGUUUGGAUAAACUUUGCUAUUUCCCAUGGUGCUUUCCAGUCAAGAGCCUGUUGAAUGAAAAACUAUGAGUCAGAAGUAGUCAACAAUCUGAAGAACCCAGAGUUUAAUGAGCUGAGGUUUUGUCUUUCCAGUUCCGUAUACAAAUAUAGUUGGAUGACCUUCUACUAAAGUCCUCGUACAGAUUUUUUUGCCACACCUUUAUUUCCUAAUUAUUGUUAGAAAUGGUCUGUUUUUUCCCUUGGAAGGCAGCCAGCCGCCUCCACAGUUGUCUGUUUUCCAGAAUAGUCUGGUAUUCUUCAUAGCUUAUCUCCUCAGGAAGAAAUUAAUUCACAUAAAAUGACAACCACGCUUAAAUAUCUUCUAUAGGUGUUCAAGGAAGUAUCAGGGACAUGAUAGGAGCCUGUUGGAAGAGCUUAACUCUCCCUGUGGGCAGAGGGCCUUAUUAUGUAUUCAAAGAAACAAAGGAAAACUGGUACUGUUGAUCUUUGCCAUGUCACUGGUGAUAAUGUGUCAGAUGUGGUUUUUUUUAAAUGAAACAUCCUGGUUGAAACAGACUUCAACCAUCUUUUCAUAGAGUGAUCUUUAGACUAUACUGUAGAGUUCCUAAGGUCCUUGGGUGGUGCAGAUGCUUUGUGCUCGACUGCUAGCCAGAAGGUUGGUGGUUUGAGCCACCCAGUGGUGCCACAGAAGAAAAGCCUGGCGAUCUGCUUCCAUAAAGAUUACAGCCAAGAAAAUCCUGUGGAACUCAGUUCUACUAAUGGGGCUGCUAUGAUUCAGUAUCUACUAGAUGACAACAGGUAUAUUUUUUUACAAUGGGCAUCCGGUAAAACAGGUAGAUGUCUUGGGAACUGUAAUUGGAGUGAGAGAAAGAGAUGCUUUCUACAGUUAUGGAGUGGAUGACAGCACAGGCGUUAUAAACUGCAUCUGCUGGAAAAAGUUGAGCGAUAUCAGGUCUUCAUCAGCCCAAACAGCUACAGCUGCUCCAGGCACAGCAAGAGAUCUGAGCUUAACCUCACAGCUUAAGAAGUUGCAAGAAACCAUUGAGCAGAGAACAAAGAUAGAAAUUGGGGACCUUAUCCGAAUCAGAGGCUAUGUCCGCACCUACAGAGAAGAGCGAGAAAUUCAUGCCACUGCAUAUUAUAAAGUGGACGAUCCAGUGUGGAGCAUUCAGAUUUCAAGGAUGCUUGAGCUGCCCGUUAUCUACAGGAAAGUUUAUGACCAGCCUUUCCACAGCCCAGCCCUAGAGAAAGAAAAAGCACUGAGCAAUCCAGGCACCCUGGACCUCGCCAGCCUCACGUGUUUGCUGAGUGAAAAAGCCAAAGAAUUCCUCGUGGAGAACAGAGUGCAAACCUUUUACCAGCAGGAGUUAGAAAUGGUGGAGUCUUUGAUGGCCCUCGCCAAUCAGCCUGUGAUUCACAGCGCCUGUUCCAACCUAGUGGAUUUUAAGAAUGACACCGCUUCCCAGGCAAUUCAUAGUAUAUUUAAGAACGCUAUACAGCUGCUUCAGGAAAAGGGACUUGUUUUCCAGAAAGAAGAUGGUUUUGAUAAUCUCUACUACGUAACCAGAGAAGACAAAGAACUGCACAGAAAGAUCCACCGUAUUAUUCAAGAAGACUGCCAGAAACCAAAUCACGUGGAGAAGGGCUGCCACUUCCUGCACAUCUUGGCCUGUGCUCGCCUGAGCCUCAGCCCAGGCCUGAGCGAAGCUGUGCUGCGGCAGGUGCUAGAGCUCCUGGAGGACCAGAGUGACAUCGUCAGCACCAUGGAGCACUACUACAUGGCGUUCUGAGAGGCUGUCUGGGGAGAAAGAGGAGGUGGACUUCACUCCCAGGCUCUGAUUUUAGACAACUUGUAGGGCUUAUGUGUCUGGAGGCAGUUACCUCAUGAUAAAGUAUAAACUGCAGUUAUUGGGCAGUGGGAUUUGGCAUAAAUGUUAUAGACUGCCUUCUACCUGCUGUAUCCCUGGGAUAAAAUGGCUUUUAUCUCAGCCACAAUACAUGAAAAUCCUCCCCUCUGACCUGGCUGGACUGGCAUCACUCAUGGAGCAGAAGGGGGAGGAAACAGUGUCAGCAGCUUAAUCAGUGUGUUUGGGGUUUGAGGCUCUAUCGUAGUAAAGGGUGAAGGCCCAUGUCCUGCAGAAACUGAGGAGCAGAAAGCCAGAUCAUACAGUUCUAAAAUUUUACAACUUCAGACUAUCAGAUACAUUCUCAUGGGCCUCUCUCGAUGUCUAAGAACCAGGGUUAGGGGAAUAAUUCUCCCUGGAUAUGUGUCACUCACCACAUUUCUGUGGCUCAAGCCCCGGAAGUAGGUCCUGAAUCCUGGUUUAGUGCUGUGUUAUAACCCAACCAGAGGUGGGAAUAAAAAGAUCUACAACAUGGCUCUGUGUUUUUCAUUUUCCUUAUUCUGAAUUGAAAGGUUUCUCAGUACACUUCCCUGCAUUUAAAGAUGUGUGUGACUAAAUACAUUGUCCCUUACUGCCCCAGAAAAUGGUGGAGGCAGUCAGCCUGGGGAGCUGGUGGAUGUUUUGUUCAAGGUUGCCAUUGAGUAUGCAGGACGUGCUGACACCAUCUGACAAAGACUCAGUAUGUGCCCAGACAGGUGAUGGAGUCAUGCUUUUGCUCAGGAUGACGAAGUCAAGGGAAGACAAUCUGAGGUAUGUAGUAAGCUUGUUCUAACAGCAAAAUGACAAAUCUAGCCAGCAAAAAUAAAGUGCAGAGAAAGAUCUGGACUUAAUUAGUCUUUUCACAAAAGGCACAUCUGCCUUCAUCUGUUGCCAUCUAGCCGUGGAUGACAUUUGUUCCUUUUUUUUACUAUUAUGUUUCAGAUGAAAGUUUACACAGCAAAUUAGGUUCCCCUUUAACAAUUUUUAUACAUAUUGUUCCAUGCCAUUCGUUACUUUUGCAAUGUGUUAGCAUUCUCAUU